CCUUUUAGUCACUCGAAAUACCAACAUGGCGACUUUGCGUCCGUCACAACGGGCAUAGACUGCGUGAACUUUAUCUGGAAUCUUACAGGUUUUGAAGACAAUUCUAUAUGCAUUAUUUGUUCUCAUGAGGGAACUAUAGUUUGGUAAUUAAAAUAACAGGUUAACUCAAAUGGAGUUGGCCUAGCAACGUUUUACCACGUCUUUAAAUGGCAGUUGUACAGGACAGUCUUUACCAUAGACUUCAAAUGAUGAGCUCCGCUUUAGAUAGUCGACCUACCAGUGCCUUGGCCAGAGGAGUACAGAUUACAGAGUUCAAAGAAACUAGAGUAAACCCUGAACCAGUAGUUUUAGAAGACAGUGACCUCUUGUUAGAACAAUACCUUUCCCCAGGCAAAUUAAGACUUCUGACAGAGGUUGACAAUUUAGAAGAUGUUUAUCGCUUGGAAUUAAAAGUUGACACAAAAGAAACAAGUCUGGGGAAUUUUGGUUCCUUACUACCAAGUUUGACACAACUCAAACUAUCGAAUAGCAACAUCCCAUGUAUCCGGGACUUGGGUUCAAGUUUACGAAAUAUCACAGUUCUGUGGAUGUCGAGAUGCGGCCUCUACGAACUGGAUGGAAUUUCUUCGAUGUUGAGUCUUAAAGAACUUUAUCUAUCAUACAAUGAAAUAUGUGAUUUAAGUGCUUUAAGCAUGCUAGACUCUAUACAGAUUUUAGAUCUAGAGGGAAAUAACAUUGAUGAUACCCAACAAAUUCAUUACCUUGCUAUGUGUUCAAAUCUCUCUAGUUUAACACUGGAGGGGAAUCCUGUGUGUGUUUUGCCUACACCAGACAGUAGUGAGACUGAAGAUUAUGAUUACAGAUGGACAAUUAAGAAAAUUAUACCUCAUCUUAGGAUCUUGGAUGAAGAAGCAUUAAUUUCUGAACCAUCCCCUUCAAAGAAGAAGAAUGUAUUUGAUGAAGACUGGGCAUACUUAGAAGAAUUACAGAGAGACGUAGGGAUAGGGGGUUCUACAGAAAGUCUUAAUUCCUCUGAGGGAAGCCAUGUAGAAAACUCGGGGAGACCAGGCACUGCCUCACUUCGACCGACCACUGGGUACCGCCCAGGUUCUGCUCUAAGACCCUCCUCAGGAUUUAGACCACUCACAGCUUCAAGGAGGCCUGCCACUACCUCAGGAGGUAAUGUGAGGCCACUAACAGCAGAAAAAGUGAUUCAUGAGGAGAACGAGGAGAAAUCUGUCACAGAGGACGCCUCCAGUGAACUGACCAUGGGGAGUGUUGUGUGCGGUAAUCCAUCCAAAGCUCUCUUCUCUCGCAGGAAAAUCAACCCUGGCAGCCAACCUAAGAAUGAGUCAACUGGUCUAAAACUGUUCCCACAAUUCCUACACAAGCCAGAGCAUACCUACGAUCCUGUUCCCGAUGAUGAUAAGGACCGAGCUGAUAUUGUGGCUGAACUCAAAGAAUGGAAACAGCAUCAUGAAAAAAUGAUGGAGAAGAUAAAGGCUGAAAAGGCUCCUCAGGUCCUAGUAAUUGAUCAUGAUGAUGCUGUGAGCAUAUCUAGUGAUGAGGAGAUCACAGAUGAAGAAGAGAAUGAUGACUUAGCUUUCAACUUCAGUCCUCUGAAUGACAGAGACCGGCCAGUCAGUAGUGGCCGGCCAGUCAGUAGUGACCGGCCAGUCAGCAGUGACCAGCCAGUCAGCAAAGAGGAAUUUGUCACCACUAGUCCAUUAAUGGAUCUUCCCGCUCCUCCAACACCACCCAAGAUGUUGGGACAGGUCCGUGAACCCCCCUCUGGUGAAUUCCAGGAGGUCAUAAUAGAGGCCUUGAAAAUGGAGGGUCUUACUAAGGAUGGCAAAAGAGAGGAACCAGAAGAUCCCUCACCGACACCCGAAAGCAUCCAACUGAAGACGAGACUGGAGAACCACGCCCUGAAUCCGAACCGCCCAGUUCCUCCCAUUAAACCCCUGGGGAGGAUGACCUCAGAUGGUCCCAUCAUCCCAAAGGCUCCUCCCCCAUCUGCUGUGGGGAGAAACAUGCUGAGCAAAAGUAUGGCCGUCCCAGCGAGGCGAAACAGUGCGAGCAGUCCUGAUUCAGCCUCUCCCGUGAUUGGACCGUCGGCUUCUGUUGACCGCCCUCUCCUGCAGAACCGUCCUUUCACUGCGCGUGCAGUCCUUUCUGGAGUACGGAGGCAGCUGCCCCAAGUUCCUACACUUCCUUCUAAACCUAACUUUCCAAAGUAAAGGAUGAUUACAUUCCCCAAAAAUAUCCUUAAUUUGCCCCGUAAUCUUGGUCCUGGUCUUUAAAUUAUUGUCUUUCAUUUUCGAAUUGUGUGUUUUGAAGAUCCCAUGCAUCAAUAUUGUAGGACAUACAAAAUAAAAGCCAUAUUUGCUACAAUGCUUCAAGUGAAUGUUUCUAAAGGAAAGUUACAUAUAUUUUCAUGUAAACCAGACCUCUUGAGAGUUAAAGGGACUGGUUCACAUUUUUUGAAAGAAAAAAAAAAUUUCACUUUUGAUUUUAAACAUAUCACUCAUUUAAAGUUGACAACUAAAAUUUGGACCUUCUCAAUGCAAAGAUAAGAUCAAUAUUUUAGCCUUAAAUCUGUGUUUUAUAUGUAAACAAUACUUGAGCCUUGUUUAUAUUUACAAACAAACUAGUGAAAUGUGAAUUUUGUAAUUCAAAAUAUUCUAAUUUUGAAGACACAAAUCUAACUUUCAAAAUGACAUAUUUUACAUAAAGAAUACUUUAAAUCUGAUAUAUAUAUCAUAAACUUAGAUUGAUAGUCAAACAUUUUCAAAACUUUGUAAGCAAUACAUACCUCAAUCUUUAAAUAACAAAUAAUAAAUUGUGUAUAAUGAACUUCCUGUCAUAUAAUUGUAUAACCUUAAUUAUUUUGAAAUCUUUUAAACACAUUAAACAGUAAAUUUUGAUCAUUAAAAGUGAAAAACAAAAUUUUAGGGGAAAUCGUGAAUCAAUCCCUUUGAAUGUUGGGGGUGACUGGGCAGAAAUUCUCUCAAGAAAUAUGACUUGGAUCUUGACACAGGAGUGGCAGGUAUGGUGAUGAUGUUAAUGAAUAAUGUAACGAACAUUUGGGCUGCCACAUCAUUGUCACUCAGCUCUAGAAGUGUCGGCAUAGCUGUGAAUUUUGUUAGUUUGUUUCUUUUUCUUUUUUUACACAGCAAGAAGUUGCCAGCAAAUACAUUCCAUAUUUCAAGUCUUGUAAAUCGAAUACCAGUAAUUCAGAGAUUGUACAUGUACAUACCAGUAUUAGUGUUGUUUUUAACUUUAUUCAGCCCCAUUUUAAAGCAUGAUGAUACCAUGAUAAAUCGGAUUGAAGUUUUAUCAAUGUGCUACAUUCUAUUUACAAAUUAGUGGAGUGCUACGAGAUGAACAUUGUAAACAUGGUACAGGUCUUCACCGCAUCACAGGGUGUCCAUUUACAUCAAACAAUAUAAACUGGAUCAAGUCUAGCAAUCACAGAAUGCAUCUCAGCAAUUGUCAUAAUCAAUUCCAAUUAAAUCAUGUUUUAGUUUUACUAUUGUCUGAAAUGCUACUGAAAAUGAAUUUUAAUAAAAAUUAUUACUAGUAAAUGAAUUGAAAUUUGGAGUGGGAUUUUAAAUUUAUUAGGCAACAUGAUUUUGUUUGUUAUGAACAGUAAAUGAUGUGUUUUCCAGGUCUAGAUGUGUCUGUGUGUUGCCAAUAAUUGCAUUUAAUUUAUUGAGUUGAAUAGGCUUUUCUUGUAUCGUUUUCAAUUUUUUUCACCAUGCAUAUGUAGAUGGUUUCACAUUAAAUGAUGCUGCUAUUUU